GCAAAAAGCGGCAGCACUUCGGACUGAAUCCGGAAAUGGAAAGUAGCACAGUUUCCGCAGAAAAACAGUUCAGUAGUGUUCCGCCACCGCCAACACAGAAAAACCGAUCAGAACUCCAAUCUUUCUCCACCUUCGUCUCAACCAUGCCAUCAUUAACCUCAUUCUUUCCUUUUAUGGUGAUCCUUUGAAUCCUCAAAGUCUAUCAGCUCUUCUAUAAUUCACGGUUUUGCGCGUGGCAAACUUUGUCUGCUGGCUAAGUCAGUUUCUUCCCACAUUGAGAUAACAGCGUGCUUUCUUCGCGCGAACUACGCUCAAGAUGCCCUCGGACGACGAUCUCAAGGCACACGCUGCCUCCAACCAAGAUUUCUAUGCUCUCCUUGACAUCCCACCGGCCGCUUCGGAGUCCGAAAUCCGCCGUGCGUACAGGCGGACAGCCCUCAAAUACCAUCCUGACAAGAUCGCAAACCCGACACAGACAGACAUCGACAAAUUCCACCUGUUACAGAUUGCCUACGAUGUACUCUCUGAUCCCUCCGUACGGCAACUCUACGACAAUGCGCGGGAAGCGCGCGAAAGAAAAAAGCGGGAGCUGGAGAUGAUGGAUGCGGCGAAAAGGAAGAUGAAAGAGGACUUGGAAGCUCGAGAGCGUGCCGGUGCGGCUGCGAUGGGAGGUGCACAACGAGGCGUCAAAAGGACCUGGAUGUCUGCCGGCAUGGCUGGAGUGGACGACGAUGCCGAGGAGAAGCUUCAGCGCGAGAUUGAACGGAUUGCGGAGGAUGGGCGGCGGCGACGCAAGGAGGCUGAGGAGCGACUGAAGCGAGAAGCUGAGGCUGAGGGGAGGAGGUUGCAGCAGGAACAGGAAGAAGCGCGGAGAGCUGCAGAUCGGAGCAGUCAACGAGUCGACCGUUCACACGAAGGUGGCACGAAUGUUCCGGAACUCGAGCGAACCAUCAAAGUGCGCUGGGUUCGGGAAGGCCGAGGUCUGGAUCUAGACCAAGAUCGCUUGGUGUCUUUGUUCAAGCCUUUCGGUGAAGUCGAGAACACGUUCAUGCUCAAGGACAAGCGCCAGCGUGUUGGGGACAAGCGAGAGAAGAAGACUGUCGCGACAGGUGUUGUGGUAUUCGCCUCCAUUGUCAGCGCCCAUGCCGCCGUGCUGGACAGCGAGAAAAAGCGACGCCAGAGCGCCGGCCAACCGGACAACGACUGGUCGCUCAUCGAAUCUGUUUCCUGGGCGUCUGGCAACCAGCCAGACAUAGUGGACACGGAAAACCGGGCCGCUUCUCCCAUCUCCACGGCUGAUGAAGCUUCGUCAACACAAAAACCAGCUCCUUCCGUUGGCCCCUCCAAACCGUCUUUCGACUUUUCUAAGCUCAAGUCAGCAGCGCCGCCUGGUGGUCUAGGCAAGAUCCCCGGGAAAGCGCCCUCGUUUGCCUCGUUCGCCUCGGCCGCAGGCUCGUCAAAGUCAACGCCAUCCGAUACAUCGGCCAAUGGACGAAGCACUCCAAGUUUCCAGGAAAUAACAUUAAUGCGAUUGAAGAAUGCACAGCGCGAAAAGGAGCGGAAGGCCCUCGAGGCACAGCUUAUGAAGGAGGAUGAGGCAGCAGACGCUGCUGAGGCUGCUGCCGCUGAGGCCAAGGGGUAAUUACAGUUUUCAUUCUUUUGAUGUUGAGCGUCCUUUCGUUCGGUAGACUUCUAAUUUCAGAGAUACCCCUUUCAGCUUUGUUCUUUUUAUUCCUUGAAAGAAAGUUUGUCGUCUAUAGAGAAUACAUGGUCGUUAUAUGUACAAUAUAUGAUACACGAUGUGCCGUGAUCCA